AACAUACGCAUUUUAACCCUAAAAAAUACAGCACCCGAGUGUUUAGUACAGUCAAAGUGACGCCGCGACAACCCAGAACAAAAAUCGAGAAUUAAAAACCGGAGGAAGAUUGUUGUUCCUGGUGUCCCGCAACGAAAAGAAAAAACGCGCUGUGCCCCGUGAUAAAAUAAGCUAAAGUUGCGAAGUGCCCGUGUGCAAAGGUGCAGUUUGGUCGUAAUCGCCGAUUAAUUGAAAAAUAGCGGCUUGCAGUUGCGCGUGUUGCGCCCGCAAACAGCAAAGGAACACCAUCACUACGGCGUGCUCAUCUGGAUCCGAAGCGCCACACGAUGAACAACCAACUAAACCCGGCCACCUACCGAAAGUUCAACAAUCUGCUCAGUAGCGGAGCGGUCACCGUGACCGGCCCCAGUCAGCCCCGAAUCCUCAAGACGACGCGAAUGGUGCUUCCUGGUGGCGGCGGCGGCGGAGGAGGUGGGGCCUCUGGAGUGGCCAGUGGAGGAGGCUCGGCCGCUGGGGUCCAGCAAGCGGUUAGCGAUGCUGAAGCCGGUGGAUUGGGAGUCGGCGGUCUGGCCACGCGAUGCUACAUCUGCGACGACCGCUGUGAACCGCAGACCUCGCUCACCGAUAUGUGCACCACCCACACGGCCACCAAGUUUCCCAACAAACUGGCCCAGCUGGUGGGCGAGGGAUUUCUGGUCAUUGUCUGCGGUGAGGACUACGUGUGCUCGCGCUGCACCAACCUGGUUAACUACUACGACCGGCUGGAGAACGAUGUGGAGCGCGUCAAGACGAACCUAAUCAGUUUGCUCAACAAGAAGUAUGCAAUUAACGAGGAGGUGGGCUUGGAAGGCAGUCCGCCGCUUAAGAUGCAGAAGAUGGGCACUGGAUCGGCCAAUCGGUCGCUGGAGGAGAGUCCUAGUGGAGAUUUGCUGCGUCCACGCAAGGUCUUGCAGGGAACACCAGUAGGCCAAUCCAAGAUAACAGCUGGCGGGAACCAGGGCAUCCCGGGCACACAGACGGUGCAGCGAAAGGCCACCAAGAUCUACAAGUGCACCUCGUGCGACUACAAGACCUCGGACAUGCGGCUCUUCAACACCCAUUAUGAGACCUGCAAGCAGCAGACCUUCCAGUGCAAGACCUGCCGCAAGAUCUUCCCGCACUUUGGCGCCAUGAAACAGCAUAUGGUGCGUGACCACAAUACCGCCAUGGACAACACCUGUGCCAUGUGCCACAUUAACUUUGUGAACGAGACCAGCCUGCGCAAGCACAUGGAGACGAACCAUGCCACCAAUGUGCUGGUGACCAGCACCACUACCAUACCGGCUGCUGCUGCUCCGGUGGCUGCCGCUGCGGCCGCUGCUGCUGCCGCCGCUUCUGAGAAUCUAAACGUUGUCGGAGCCUCGCUGUACACGUGCAACCAUUGCCAAUUCAAGUCCACGGACAAGGCGGUCUUCGAUGAGCAUAUGCGCAAGCAUACUGCUGGCAAGCCCAAGCCAUUCAAGUGCCGUCUGUGCUCGCAGCGCUUCGAGACGCGCGAAGCGGCCACCGUGCACGCCAAGCAGCAUCAGACCAACUUUUUCAAGUGCGGCACUUGCUCGAUGACCUUCCCCAAGCGGGAGCUGCUUGUCAAGCACUUCGAGGUGCAUCAAAAUCCGACCGCCGCGGCUGUCUCUCCCAAGCAGCCGGUCAGCCAGAACCUGAACACCCAGAAGUUGCUUCAGGAGACUAUUGACGAGGCACUAAGCGAUUCUGUGCCCGCUUCGGGUUCUGCUGCUGCUGUUGUGGCCACCAGCGAGGCGGAGAACAACAUCCGCUUCUUCUCGUGCAGCAUUUGCUCGCUGACUUUCAUUCAAGAGACGUACUACAACCACCACAUGGAGACUCACAGGCGUGACAAGAAGGGAGCUUCGGCCGGAGCCACUGCCCUCAAUUCGGCAGCCACGGCCUUACUGAGUGACGAGCCCGGAGAAGCAACCGGAAAGGCUGGCGAAGAGGGCGGAGAGCAAAAUGCCGAGGCCGACAUUGAAAGCCUGUUUGAGAAGCUGCAUUCCGACAAGAACGAGAGCGGCGAGGCUCCAAAGCCGGGCAGCAAAGGCAGCGAAAUGGUCAUCACUUCACAGGAGGGCAGCGGGGGCAUAACCUUCAAUAUAACGAUCCCGCAGCCAGACGGUGAUCAGUCGCAAAAGGAUUCACCAAACGCCGCAGCCCCUGUCUCCGUUAGCAUUGACAUGCCUAAUCUCGAUCAAGCAGAGGACGAAUCCCAAUCGCAGGGCAGCAUCGACGCCAAGGGCGAAAGCGGCGAGGCCUCCUCCGCCGACAGCAAGUCCAAUGCCGCUCCCGUUUCAAUGCCCAGUUUAGAUGAUGACAAUGAGGCUGCAGCUGCCGAGACCGAAGCCGCCGAGGAAGCCAAGCCGACCAGCAAAGCAGGACAAGAGAAACCCAAGGCCAAGGCAGGCGAGAGCACUAAGGCAAAGGAGUCGCCGGCAGCAGAGGAACCCCAACCCUCGGACGAAGGCGAGAAGCGGGAAGCCACGGACACGCCCACGGCCGAAUCGGAAGCCGCUGCCGCAACCACUGAAGGCGCUGAAACUGGCGAGGGCGAGGUGACCGCCGGCACAGGAGCUGAGGGCGAGGCUGGAGAAGCUGCCGGUGGCGAGCAUGUGGCCAUGGAACUAGACGAAGCCAUGCAGGCACAGGUGGAUGGUGGCCAGAUCAAGUUCAUCGUCAACGAGAACGGCCAUCUCCUCCAGCUGGACAAUCACAUCCUGACCGACGCCGAAGGCAACCAGAUAAUUGUACAAGAUCCCGAGCAAAUACAGCAGCUUCUGCAGAGCGUGGGUGUCCUGCAGUCGGGCGAAGGACUCGAGGGAGAAACUCUUCAAAUGAUGACCGACGGAAGUGGUCAGAUGGUACUCGUUCAUGGCGACAACAAUGAGCAGCAGCUGAUCGACGCCUCCCUCCUAAAUUCCGAGGGACAGUUGAUUAUUCAGCAGGGUCAGGAUGGCGAGGAAGGCGCCCAUGUCAUCAGCGAGGAUGGCACCCGCAUCCCUGUCUCCGUAUCGUACACGGAAGAUGGCCAGCCCAUCGUCCAGGUUCAGCAGCAGGUUCUGGAGGCCGCUCAGCAGGCGGCAGCCAGCGCCUCUGGCAGUGCCGAUGACAAGGAGGCGGCUGCCGCUUCGGCCGGAGAGGAAGUGCAAGUGUCGGAGGCGUCCAGCGCCACGGCAUCCACCACCGUGGUGGCGACCAGCACGGCAAGCAGCAGCGGCGGCGCCUCCGGUGGCAGUUUCUUCGCUCUGGAAGAGUUUACGGAGGCGAAGGCCGACUAGGAUUGGCCCUAGGGGCGGGGUCGUGACCACUACACCAUACUGGCAUGCGAAGAGGACUGGUUUUAGCUGUGGGCACGCUCAAGGUCUCUGGAGGACUUUUGCACACCCAGAAUUGCAUCCAACACCCGGACACACACCAAAACACCGGAAACCAACAUUACACUGACAACUGAACACGAAGACAGAGAUACAAACACACACACACGAGCCUAUUCAAUAUAUAUUUACAUUUAGCAUAUGUAUUAAACACUCCAGUAAACUAAACAAACGAUUUCUUAUUCACGUUUCUGGCCAGCCCGAACCACAAGAUACCAGAUACAAGUAAUUCAAUCAAUCAAAUUGUUCAUUCGGUCCGUUUCGCACUCGGCUGCCAGGGAUCUCAACCCAGAUCGCUCUGGCUGCCACUAAAAAAUCGUGUCUAGGUUUAGUUAUAGUAUAGACAAAACUGCAAGAUGAAUGUGACAAGAAAAAAUUGUAUAAACGUAGAGUUUAUGUGAGAUACUUGGAAUAUGUUUAAAAUAUGUAUUUACACGCCAACACAACACAAACAACAUUUACAUUAAAUAAAUUCGAUUAAAACAUAUAAUAAAGAUGAAUGGAGGUCCUAAAUCGGACCAACUUGAUUCACAAA